UCACUUUUUUCUUUUCUUCUAUGUUUUACCUUUAUUGUAAAUUCUCAAUCUUUUCUUUUCCCCCUUUUCUCUUGUGUUUGUUUAUAGGAUCUAAUAUCUAUUCUACAGCAUACUAUAAUCUGUAGAUAUUAUGUUGAACAUGGUAGUCACGAGGUUGGUCUUUUCAACAUUUUGGUUGAUGGUUUCAGUUCAUGCUAAAUGCUGCUACUCAUGAAUAUAGAAUGAAUAUGGUUCAAUGAUUUGUGCUUUGCAAUUUUUAAUCUUUCUUUCUCUUUUCUGCUUUCUAGCUAGGAGCAGUGGCUACCCUCAGUUACUUUAUGAUUUGUGUAUGUAGCUUUCAGCCCAUCAUUAAUUUGCACCUACAUAGCUGUGAGGUGGGGCAACUUCUGUUUGUCCAUGCUACAAUAAUUUCCGUCUCCAUUUUCAAUAACCACAAGCAUGAGUCACCAUUUUUCAUCUUUUGUUUUUGUUUUUAUUUUUGGAUGUUGCAUGCCACAUUAAAUGCUGCUGCUAUGGUCUUCUGAGCCUUAAAUGUUCCCACCUUCAUUUUGUUUGUUUUAUUCACAUUUUUUUUUUGAGAGGGACCGAGGGUUGCUUUCAUGCAAUUUAUUUCCUUUCUAUAUCCUUCCUUGCCAGAUGAUUUGUAAAUAGUGAACCUUCCUGCUCACACUUGCUUACAAUUUAUUGUCUAUAACGACUCCAAUCCAUUCUUUUGUUUUCAGAGCUUUAAUUGGAGUGGAACUUUCCCUUCAUUCUCUCCAUUUUCCAUUCUUUUAACUUGUUCCCUUUUUAGUCUAUGUGCGCUAGUGAUUCCAUGUUUUUGACUGUUAUUACUCAGUAUUCAAACAAAUUUGCUAGACUGUUUGGAAAGUCUAGUGGUGCCACAGGAAAGCUUAAAGUAAUAUUCCAUGAUUUUCCAGGAGGUGCUGAAGGCUUUGAGCUUAUGUUAAAAUUCUCUUACAACAAUGGAACAGCUGAUAUAAGUCCUUCCAAUUUGUUUCUGGCGUGUUGUGCUGCUGAGUACAUGGAAAUGAAGGAACCUGUGGCUGAUGUUUCUAACUUAUUGGAGCAAACUGAAAAGUCACUCCAAGAGAUUAGCUAUUGGACUUGGUCAGAUCUUUUAAUUGGUUUGAAACAGUGCCAGAGUUUACUAGUUCCAGAUUCUUCUGUGAUGGUAGAGAGAUGCUUGGAUACUAUUGUGGGAAGGCUUGUUUUGGCCAGUGAAGCAAGUCCUUGUCCAUCAACUAGUUCCACAGACAGUUCUUGGGUUCGGUAUUCGUGUGACUCUAAGAGCACUGAGAGUGUAAAAACAAGUUUCUCUCGUUUAACAUGGUGGUUUGAAGAUCUCCUGUUUUUGAGUCCCUUGUUGGUUGCAAUGUUGGUUAAGUUAAUGCUUUCACGAAAGAUGGAUCAUGUUGUGAUCAGCAAGUUUCUUCUCUACUAUCAGAAGGCCAAAUUUUCCACUGCUACUACACAUGAGAAGUGCAAGAUCAUAGAAAUGGUCAUAGAUAUGCAUUAUGAUAUGGAUUUAAGUUGUGUUCCUUGCAAGACAUUGUUUGGGAUUCUGAGGGUUACUUUGGGUUUGAACAUAAGCAAAUGUAGCAGGAAUAAGUUGGAGACUAUGAUUGGUUCCCAAUUGGAUCAUGCAACCUUGGACAAUUUGCUUGUUCCUUCUCCUUAUGGAAUAAGCUACUUGUAUGAUGUGAACCUUAUUUUGAGAUUUUUGAAGGCAUUCUUGCGGCGAGGAAAUGGUCUAGUCACUCCCAUUCGGAAAGUUGCUAGCUUAAUAGAUUUGUAUAUAGCAGAAAUAGCCCCUGAUCCUUGUUUGAAAACUUCAAAGUUCUUGGCUCUUGCCACAGCAAUUCCAGAUUCUGCAAGAGAUUCUUAUGAUGAGCUCUACCAUGCAAUGGACAUGUAUCUUGAGGUACACACUCAAUUAUCACAGGAAGAAAGACUGAAGAUAUGCUGUGGUUUAAAUUUUGAGAAGCUUUCACCUCAAGCUUGUCUACACCUUUCUCAGAACAAAAAAUUUCCUUCAAAAUUUGCGGUUCAAGCUCUUAUCUCUCAACAAUCUAAGCUGAAAAAUUUACUCCAUAUGACUCCCAGUACAUCUUCAUACAAUGAUUCACCUUGCAACUCCAGUGGUGCUGCUCAAAAGGGAAAGAAAAACAAAACCAGUGAACAAGUUGUGUUGUAUUCUAGCAAUUUUGAUAUUUCUACAGACAAUGAGAAACUCGAAGCACAUUUACAAGGAAUGCAGUGGAGGGUCAUGGAAUUAGAGAAAUUCUGUAGGAAAAUGCAAAUCCAAAUGGCAAAGAUCACAAAAUCAAAAGCAUCAGGCCAUAGUUAUGCAAAAUCUUUGCCCAAGCUAUGCUCAUGACACUUUAUUUUUUGGAUUUUGUUUAUUUUCCAUUUGUAAUUUUCAUAUAUGUACAGCACAGGAAUGAGUUGUGUGUCUGUAGUUUUUAAUCUUUUCCGAGAAACCGAGAACAGUGAUAUUGAUUGUACAGUCAUGAAAUAAUGGAAGAGACUUACAGAAUUUCAGAUUAGAGUCUGGACAAUAACCUGAAUAAGAAACAUAUCAUGUUCUUCCUA